GACUCAGUGUGAUAAUGUGACAGGCUCGCGAGCGCAAGAAGAGCAGGUCUGUAACGGAGGACCGAAUGCCAAUCUGACUGAGAAAGCGCCUUUAUUGCGCGUGAGAGACGGGAGGGACAGACGUUUCUAGAGCUGCACGCAUACACAGACAGACGAGACACAGAAAGCUCUGGGGAACUCGAGGAAAGGGUGCAUUUUCACCGUCUCAAGAGGAAGUUAAGGACAAAUCUCUCGCUAAAAUAACUCUUAAUAGAGCACUGGGCACGCGGGAGUCGCCUCUACGACUAACUUGUGGGAUUUAUCGGGAAUUGUUUCUGAAAGGAGACCUGGCUUCCCUCUCCACGCGUUUAGAUUUAAUUUUGUUCAUUUAAUUUCAGUUCAUCAGCUGCACUCAACAACUGUCAUCUCCCGAACUGCCGAUUGCAGCAGAGGAUUGUGCGUAAAGACACAGACAGCCGCCUUUUCCGCGGACGAGUCAGGCACUCGCCUUCUUCUCUUGCGUUUUUGUACUCUUAUUUAUUAUUUAUAUUCAAGCCUUUAUUUAUUUUGGCACUGUUCUGGGGCGUCGGUGGUGAUUUCUGUGGAAUAUGGUGGGGGAAAUGGAAACGAAAGAGAAGCCGAAGCCGACCCCAGAUUAUCUGAUGCAGCUCAUGAACGAUAAGAAACUGAUGAGCAGUCUGCCCAACUUCUGCGGGAUCUUCAACCACCUCGAACGGCUUCUCGACGAAGAGAUCAGCAGGGUACGAAAGGACAUGUACAAUGACACUUUAAACGGCAGCACGGAGAAGAGAAGCUCCGAGCUCCCGGACGCCGUUGGCCCCAUCGUUCAGCUCCAAGAGAAACUCUAUGUGCCUGUUAAAGAAUAUCCUGACUUUAAUUUUGUGGGCCGUAUCUUGGGCCCGCGGGGACUCACAGCCAAACAGCUGGAGGCAGAGACAGGAUGUAAGAUCAUGGUGAGAGGGAAAGGCUCCAUGAGGGACAAAAAGAAGGAGGAACAAAACCGAGGUAAACCCAACUGGGAGCAUCUGAAUGAAGACCUUCAUGUGCUCAUCACUGUGGAGGACGCCCAGAACCGGGCUGAGAUUAAGCUCAAGCGUGCAGUAGAGGAGGUUAACAAGCUACUCGUGCCUGCGGCUGAAGGCGAGGACAGUCUGAAGAAGAUGCAACUGAUGGAACUGGCCAUUCUUAACGGCACCUACAGAGACGCCAAUAUCAAAUCACCUGCCCUUGCAUUCUCUCUUGCAGCGAGCGCCCAGGCGCCACGGAUCAUCACUGGCCCAGCACCUGUUCUGCCUCCCACCGCCUUACGCACACCCACGCCUGCAGGGCCCACCAUCAUGCCCCUAAUCCGCCAGAUCCAGACUGUCAUGCCCAAUGGCUCGGCCCACCCAGCAGCUGCCACCCUAGUGCAGCCCGGUCCAGAGUCAGGCCUGAUUUACGCGACGCCCUAUGAUUACCCCUACACACUGGCCCCCGCCACCUCCAUUCUGGAGUAUCCAAUCGACUCCAGCGGGGUUUUAGCAUCCUCAAAGGCCGAAGAGCUGCCCCUCUACCUGGGCUUUCAGACCUGUCACAUUCCCAUCACAGUCCAGCGCGGAGAGCCAACCGGUCGGCCUCCCUUUUAAACUACCCCGCCCCCUCUGACAAGCCCCUCCCCCUCACACCACAGACACCCCCCACUGUCCCGCCUCCCUCUUAUCGGACUGGCUGGACUCCCCAGCCUCUGUCUGUUUCUUAAAAUGAUGGUUUUUGUUUUUUCUGUUUUUUUUUUGGUUUUGUACUUUUGUUCUGAUCUGUAAUGUGAUGUUUUAGUUUUUUAUGUGUACAAUGAUGAGGGAGACAAAGCACUGAGCCCCAAACUGCUGCACAAGUCUUUCUGAAUGACCCCCAUCAGGAGGGGCAACAUGAGGAUGGUGAGGGGACAGUGGGGCUCAAAUGGAGGCUGCUUAAAUUGGGAAGGAAGCUGUUUGAGAUGGGGCAACUGUUGAAAGCCAGGCUGUUCAUCGAGCACUUUUAGGGCAGUUGAAUGCACUAUGGUGGGGCAGUUUGGCUUAAAAUCUAUAAUGACUUAGUCAAUCAAACAGUGUAUAUUGCCUUGGAGUUAUCAACGCCUAGCGUAGUUUUUCCCAUGAUUGAAAGAAAAUACAAGAAACAUGUUUGGUAUAAAGGAAAUUAAGAUAUUCUGCAUUGUAAUAUUGUAGCAGCACAUUUUCCCAAUGUAAUCUUAUCUCCAUAAGGCUUUUUUCAAACAGCAUGCAUUAGAUGAAUAGCAGCAAAAAUGAAAAAAUUGUCUUUGACAAUAAAAUAAUGUGAAAAAAUAUAUAUAUUUUUAGUUAUAAUUGGGUAUUUCUUUUAAUAACAGAUUAUUAACUUUACAGAUUUGAUUAGCAUAUACAUCCAAAUGGCAAUUCCUAUACAUGCAACCCAAAGUGUUGAUAUGAAAUGCAUAAAGCAUCUGAAUUCAGUCAAAUUUACAGAAGCCCUACAGAUAUAAAAAUCUCUUUAUCAUUGCUGUUAUGCAAAGAAAUAAGCCAUUAUAAUAUAUAUAUAU